AUGACUGAGGUGUCGUCCACUCGCCUUUAUCUUGGGAACCUUCCCCGCAACGUCACCAAAGGAGACAUCGAGGAACACUUCAGCAGCCAUGGCUCGGGUAAGAUCACCGAGAUCAAGCUAAUGAACGGCUUUGGCUUUAUUGAAUAUGAGGAUGCACUGGAUGCUCGGGAUAUUGUUCCUGCGUUCCAUGGGAGUGAAUUCAAAGGCGAGCGUCUCACCGUUCAGUUUGCCCGUGGUCCCCGACGCAAGGAAGCCUUCCCUGGGCCCCAAGAGCGCAACAAUCUCCCGCGUCCACGUCGCACGGUAUUCCGGAUGCAGAUCUCCGGUCUUCCAGAAACAAGUUGGCAGGACUUGAAAGACUUUGCCCGCCAGUCCGGACUGGACGUGGUAUACUCGGAGACAGGCCGCGAACAGGGCCGAGGGUUUGUGGAAUUCGAGACCGCCAACGACCUCAAAACCGCCGUGGAGAAACUGGACCAGCGAGAGUUCAAAGGAUCGCGCGUCACCUGCGUCGCCGAUGUAAGCGCCCAACCUGGCUCGGACCCGGAGGACUCGCCUCUCACCCUUUCCCAGAUCCAAAGCUUUGAGGAACGUCCCGUCCGCGACCCUUACCGGUCCCGUUCCCCACGUCGCCCCUACCCGGCUCCCAUGGAUGAGUACGACCGCCGGAUACCUCCUCCUCGUGGCUACAGUCCCCGGGAUCACUAUCGUGAACGGUCCCCGAUUCCCAUGCGCCGGGACUAUUAUGAACGGGAUGGCUAUGCCCGCAGGACUCCCCCUCGCCCGCGGAUGGAAGACUACCCCCCUCCCCGUCGCCCCUACGAAGACCCCUACCCCCCUCCACCUCCGCGCCACUAUGAUGAUCCCUACCUAGCUGCGCGGGCCUAUGGUCGUCCUCGCACCCCGCCAAGAAGUGACUAUGUCCCUUACGACCGUCCCCGUUACUGGUAG